CUUGUAUACUUGUAUUUUACUAUGCUUGCAAUGAUCUAUGUGUCAAUAGUUGUUUCUAACACUGUGAUUGUUGUCAUCUGUAUGAACAGGAGUCUACAUGAACCUAUGUACCUGUUCCUGUGCAGCCUGUUUGUGAAUGAGUAUGGAUCCACAGCUUUGUUUCCAUUUCUACUGAUCCAAAUUCUCUCUGAUGUUCACACUGUUCCUCGUUCCCUCUGUUUCCUGCAGGUUUUCUGCAUCUACACUUAUGUUAACAUAGAAAUAUGUAACUUAGCUGUGAUGUCCUAUGACAGGUAUGUAGCCAUUUGUUGUCCUCUGCAGUAUAACAGACGUAUGACCACUCUCAGAGCCUUGGUUUUCAUCACUGUUGUAUGGUUGCAUUGUUUCAUUAAGUUCCUAAUCACACUGUCUCUGAACCUGCGUCUGAUGCUCUGUGGGAAUGUUAUUGAUAAUACCUAUUGUAACAACUACCUCAUUGUGAGGUUGUCCUGCUCGGACACAACACUGAACAACAUUUAUGGACUUAUUGGAGCAGUGUUGGCCAUCCUGGUUCCUGUGUUCCCCAUGCUGUUCUCCUACCUAAGGAUUUUUAAAGUCUGUUUCUCUGGUAGUAAACAGACCAGACAGAAGGCUCUCAGCACCUGCUCUCCUCAGCUGGUCUCACUCGUCAACUUCUCCUUUGGUUGUUUUUUCGAAAUUGUUCAGAACAGGUUUGAGAUGAGAGCUGUUCCCAAAACUCUGAAAAUCUUCUUGUCUCUUUAUAUCCUCAUCAUCCAGCCAAUUCUGAAUCCUUUAUUGUUUGGAUUACAGAUGAGCAAAGUAAGAAAGUCCUGUAAACAUCUCUUCACUACUAAAAUAAAGUGAGCUGUCACAUACAUCUGAUGUAAGAAAACGUGAGUGAAAUGUUCCAGUCUUAUGAUCAGUGAAUAAAGAUGCAUCAAACAGUA